UAACAAAUAAGAAAAAAAUUUCCAUUUGUUAUUACACAUAUUUGCUUUGCUCCGUGUAUAUCUCAAGCUGAUUUGUAUUUAAUUUGAAACACCCUGUGUUCAUUUAGAAUCCAGAGAUGUGUAGGUAAAUAUUUAUUUAUAUUUACAAUUUUUUGUUGUGUCGCAUCUUAUUGUGAAACAUGGGUAAAAAAGUGCAUAUUUCUUUAUUAAAAGUGUAAAAAAGUCUCUCCAUUUUUAUCUAUAGAACCUAUUCAAGAUGUGAAAUAUAUUCCACAUAAAUCAAAGGCUGAGGAUAAAAGUUCAGUGUGGUAUUAUUUUCUGGUUUCUGCUUGUGGAGGACCGACAGCACAGUGCAAAAGCUGCAAUAAAGUAUUAAAGACUUGUUUUGGUUCUACUAAAGGACUCUUAACGCAUUUAAAAUACCACAAAAUCGAGUUGGAAAGAAAGCCAGGCAAACCGCCCCAAAAGAAAUCCGCCAAAAUAGCUCCGCUUAAGCCAAAGUAUGAAAUAAUUAAUGGAAAAAUAGCUCCUCCAAGCCCCACUCGAAGUAACAAUUCCUCAAUGGCUUUCGAGGGUGACAUAAGUAACCUAUACGAACGACAAAUAGAGUUUGUCGAUGGAUAUUUAAUGGACAAUCCAUUUGUACAUGAAGAUAUUGAUCAAAAUUUUGAACAAAAGCCGCCGAAGAUGGCGAAACGUGAAGAUUCUUAUCAAAGAAACCGAAAUUUAGAAGAUCUUAGAACCCGCGUUGAAAUUCAAUGUAUGCGAGCAAAAACAGCGUAUUUUAAAAAACAAAUGGAAAAUCUUGAUAUCGAACGAUCCGUUAUGUUAUUAAAAGCGAAAAAGUUGGAGUUAGAAGUAGAACAAUUACGGAAAGAAGCCCAAGAAGGUACAUUGCGAAUUGGGCCAAAAUGAUUCCGAACCAUUAGUCAUAUAAAAAUAUAUUAUAUAUGCAUUAUGAAAUUUAUAUUUUGUAAACUAGUACCAACUAACUUUAAUUUAAAUUCGUAAAUUAAGUACAAAAUUGGCAAUGAAAUAUUUUUUUCAACCAGCAUACACUUCACAGCUAAUUAUAAACUCCAUUAUUAAACACUUUGAAGUUGAUUAGUCGGUAGGUUGAGACUUAAAAGUAAAUAUUUAAUAGGUACAUUUUUACCUAUAAUGUCAAUUUAACAUAAAUUUAGUUAUUUCGUUUAUAAUUAUAAUAAUAAACAACUUUUCAAAGUGCUAUAUUCAUAUACAUAUAUUUAAAUACGUAUGGUAUGUAUAUGUACAUAUGCAAUUAACAUAAAUGCGUGGCCAGGACGAUGUUGAAACUUAUUGGUUUGCUGGUGCGAUUGCCAAUACUACUGCACAAAUCAUAACGCAUCCAAUUGAUUUGGUACGAAUGUUGGUUCAGUCAAAUACUAAAAAAGUAUCUUCACGUGAUAUUGUUAAAGAAAUUUUGGAAAAACAAGGAAUUUUGGGUUUCACAUUUAGCUUGCGAAAUGCCACUCAAAGGCAAAUUGUCUAUUCAAUAAUGCGGUUCGGUCUCUACGAAAUGGGAAAACGUGCAGAAAAUUCGGAAUAUUUCUUUCAUAAAGCCGUAGUAGCUGCAGAAAGCGGGCUGGUCGCGGGCUUUUUAUGUACCCCUUUCGAGAAAAUGAAUGUGCGCAUGUGUACAGAUAUCAUAAAACCGCCGGAUAAAAGCCGAAGGUAUUCAUCAGUUUUUAAUGGAGUCAUAAGUUUGUAUAAAGAGGGUGGAUUAUAUAAAGUGUACAGAUGCGCCUUUAUCUCCUCAGUUCGCGGAAUGCUUAUGUCUAUGGGGCAGUUGGCGGUUUAUGAUGAGCUCAGAGAAGUAUUUUUCAAGACGGAGCGAUUUAAGGAAAACUGGCAUUCGUGCUUCAUGGCUUCACUGAUAGCGGGUGGUGUCACCACAAUUAUAAUAACACCCGUCGAAGUGGUUAAACUAAUAUUUAUGGAUGCAAACAGAUAUCAAUAUCGAAGUAGUUUGGAUGUAAUGCGUAUGCUGGUACAAGACCACGGCUAUAGGGGGUUUUAUCGUGGAAUAUUUGUUUCAUUUCUGCGCAUUGUGCCGUCUACUUUGCUAACUUAUUUACUUUAUGAGUGGAUAUGCCUGGAAUUCAAUUUAAACGAUUGAGCACCUAAUCAAUUGUAAACAGAUUUAUCCUUUAUCGUGCAUGUAUUAGAAUUAUGUAGAUAUUGUUUUUUUGAAAACUGGACCAUCGGGUCUACGUAACCGGAACGGA